CGGUGGCGGGAGAAUGAGUUUGAGAGCCUAUAAUAACUCAUCUCCAGGCGAGAGGCCGAGGAAGAUGAAAGAAGCGAUGUUGCCUCCGGGGGUGGAACAUCUCAGGUGUUGGUGCGGCAAUCUAUGCAAGGUGAAGGAGGUGACAUAUUUUUCAGAUAAGCUGGGCAUGAAGUUUUUCAUGUGUGCGAACUAUGAGCAUGAUCCACCUAUCCCGGUUUCGCCGUACGACAAGCCUCCGUCUCCUCCGCCCCUAUGCAUGUGGUAUCGUUGGAUUGACACGGAGAUGCCAAGUUGGGCGGUGGAAGAGAUUAAGACUAGGUCACGAAGUGCAUGGCAGCGUUUCCACGCGGAGGAGCGUGCGGCAAAAACUGCAGCUCAGGAGAAAGAGGAGCAAGAGAGAGAGCUCAAAGAGCAUAGGGAGGAACAACGUCGUUACUUUGAUGAAGCAUUGAGGAAAAACAUGAAGAAAGCGCUUGGCAUGCAAGAAGAGGAACGAAGGCGCAAGGAUGCUCGUGAGGCAGAAAGGGAGAGGCAAAGAGAAAGGGCCGUUGUGGCAAAGGCUGCAGAAGAACGUGGCGAUACGAGCGGAAAAUGGCCUAAGUGGACUCGGCAGUGCUUGUACUGUGUUUCAAUUGUAUUUCCUAUCUUUAAUUCUGUCCAAUUGCGGUAUUAUCGAUGUAUGUUAAUUUAGUCGUAUCCUGGUUCCGUAACGAGCACA